AUGAAGACCGCCGAGGAGAGCGACACCUGGUGUCCGGACGAGCCUGCCUCUUCGCUGAAGGUUUCAAAGAGAUCCUCGAAACGUGUCUCCUACGUGGCUGCCGAUGCAGAACUGUCCAUCCAAAACUUGAGCUUUCACGUGGAGUCGAGGGGACAUCGCACGUCUCUCUUGCAGAACAUCUGCGCGCACGUGAAGAGCUCCGAGGUGCUGGCCAUCCUGGGUGGUUCGGGUGCUGGCAAGACGACGCUCUUGGACGCGGUGGCCUCAGAAGCGCGUCGCGGGCAUCGGGAAGGCGAAGUGCUUCUCAACAGCCACAGGCUGAAUCGCGCGGUCUUUCGGAGGAGCUGCGCUUAUGUGGCGCAGUCUGACGCAUGUUGCCCGACACUCACCGUUUUUGAGACGCUCUUCCUGGCAGCAUCGCUGUAUCAGGGUCAGGCCUCAUGCAGCAAGCACCAGCAGGAUGUGCAGACGUUGUUGGGUCAGGUGGGCUUGGAUUCUUGUCAACACGUCAAAGUGGGUGAUGGACUGCUGAUUCGUGGCGUGUCCGGUGGGCAACGCCGGCGUGUGAGUUUGGCGGUGGAAUUGCUGAAGCAACCCUCGGUCUUGGUGCUAGAUGAGCCGACCUCAGGCUUGGACUCCAAAGCUGCAGAAGCCAUUGUGGAGCUCUUGAGGAAGAUCUCCGUGGCGAACAAUUUGGCGGCGAUUUGCACCAUCCACCAGCCAUCCUCUUAUGUCUUCCAACUCUUUGACCGCCUUUUGCUCUUGGCCAAGGGCCGGGUUUGCUACUUCGGCCUGGCGGAGGAGGCGCUGCGGCACUUUGAGACCUUAGGCUUUCCCAGCGCUUCAGGGAUCAACCCCGCAGAUUUCCUGCUCCGCAUCACCAACUCCGACUUCGCGGCUUCAGCCGGACAGGUGGACUGGAUCUGCGAUGCCUGGAAGGAAGCGCCCGAAGCACCGUUGCUGUGCCGAGAGCUGCCGCCGGGUCGACUCAGAGCUCGGUUUCUCCAGCAGGUCUGGAAGCUCUUGGGACGCUUCCUGAAGAGCCAUUGCCGCGAUCCCAUUGCCUUUGGCGGCCGGGCCAUCCUGACGGCUGUCUUGGUGUCCUUCGUGUGUGUCGCAUACAUUGGGGCUCGAAAGCGGACGCAGGAGAGCGUCUUGAAUUACCUCUGGGCCAUGAUGUGGGUGCAGCAACUCCCUGCCUUCCUUUGCAUCGGUGCUGUGCCCAACUUUGCUCGGGAGCACAAGUGCUUUCGGAAGGAGGUGAAGAAUGGCCUGUACCAUCCACUCGCACAUUUGCUGGCAGACAUGAUGGUGAAUGUGCCCAUCUGGUUUUUGCUGGCGCUGGCCGCGCUCAUUCCCUCGGUACUGAUCUUGGACGCGCCGCUGCGACCCUCACCGCAGGUGUGGCUGUUGCUGGCAGCAUACGUGGGUUUCAACGACACCUUUGCACAGCUCUGCGGCCGGUGCGGGGGCGCCAUCGGGAUCAUGCUUUUCCUCAUGCAGACGAUUCUGAACAUGAUCUUCAAUGGAACUUUGCUGGCACAUGCAGAGGAGGUGCCCCAUGUGAUGCGCUGGCUCUUCCAUGUGGUACCUUCGAAGUACACCUUCCGAAGCGGUGUGAAGCUGGAGUUUGAGGGGCUCUAUUUCCAAGGCUUUGAGGUUUGCUCUGAUCCCACCCUCCCGGUCGCCACUCGCGCCGUGAUGCCAUGUUGGAGUGCCGAGGGUCGAGACGUGGUACUUGCUUUGGCAGGGCAGAUGUUCCCUGUCUUGGACGGUGACUUCACCUAUGAGGGUGAUUUGCUCUUCAUCCUGGGGGCUCUCAUCCUUUUGAAAGUGCUCCAUGGCUUGCUGAUGCUUCGGUCAUACCAUGGCUGUUGCACGUGUCAGUCGAGACUCUGCGAUGGAUGCGCCACGAUGACUCCGGCUGUGAUGACUCCGGCCAGCCGCCAGGGCCGACAACGAAGCGUUUGA